AUGGCUCACACUCCGGCGACUGACGGCGCCCCCAAGAUCUACCCCCCGGAACCUGCAUCCCCCAGAUGCGCGUCCGUUUCUGUCGUGGAAGGGGACGAGGACGAACGCCGGUCGCCGUACAUCGUAAGCCUGGAACUGGAGCUGGGCGUAGCCGGUCCGCUGCUCGAACCACGAGUGCUCGAGCACGUAGUCUUUGAAAUCAACAGCUUCGCUCUUUGGUUGCUGCGCUAUCUUCCGCGCCAGCAGAACCUUUCCUUCUCGCCCAGUCACCUCUACUGGUUGCUGGUUAGCGUGUGGUUCGGCAGCAAGGGCACCACUAGGGAGCAGCUCGAAGGCGUACUGAGCUGCGCAGAGCUACCCGUACCCACCGACCGAGUCCAAGGCUUCUUCGAGAACCUCAUACGCACGCUGCGUGUCCGCGGAAAACAUCAGCACGUCCAGUUCAUCAGCGCCCUGUACGUUACAUCUGUGGACCAUCUCCAGGACGCUUCGAGCGAGGCACUGCGCGCGAACUUCUACGUGUUCUACGCGAGCGCCGCGUACGCCGAGCACUCCUGGGGCUCUCGGGUCGAACCGGCACGAGACGGUGCUGCACCAUGCAAGGCGCGCAUGGUAUGCUUCAUCUCGUUCUACCGCUACUGCGCGUCCAAUGUGCUGUCGGCUCGCUGCCUGGUCGUUCCGAGCGUGGGCAGCAAGUGGCACAUGCUGCUCCUGCUGCCCACCGACCGCCGCGGGGUACACGCCGUCGAGUACCGGCUGGACGCCGAGGCACUGCAGCAGGCGCUCAAGAGCUGCGACGAGACGCUCGUCGAACUGAGCAUGCCCAACAUCGAGCUCGAGAGCUCCGUGUCGCUGCGGCAAGUGCUCAAGCGGGCUGGCCUGGCUGCUCUCUUCGACCCGGAGAAGGCCGACCUCAGCGGCCUCCUCAAGGAGUCUGGCCAGCCUCUCACCGAGUUUUUGCACAAGUUCAAGCUCAAGGUGAACAAGGUGGGCCACGAAGGAGAGCACCACGGCAUCACGGUGAUCAACGAGAGCGGCGUGCACCCCGGCUCGCCAAUAGAGCUCCGCGCCAAUCACCCGUUCGUGUUCGUGCUCUACGGGCCGAUAAACAACACGACCCUGUUCGUCGGCAGGGUCGUCGAGUUGAUUUGGUAA